AUGGCGUGGUGGUGCGAGAGGGUCGUCGCGCCGGUGCGGCGGGCCUGGCUCGCCGUGGCGCGGCGGGCGCGGAACCGCACCAAAUGUAGUCUUACAGAACUAGGAGUCACACAUUUUCUACUAGUAGUAAACAACACUAAUCAUUUCUGUCGGCAAACCGGGCGCAGGGAGCACAGGGGUGGUGGACCUGCACAGGGACGUGCAAACCUGCGGAUACGACGAUGUUCAGGUGAUGUGGAACAUGCUGAGCUCGGAGAAACAUGCCCUCGGCCACAGGCCGGCGGCGCCUGA